ACCAAUCAUCUCCAAACACUUGUCUACCUCCACCUUCCUUCCUUGUGUAGUCUUUCCCACAUUUCUGGCUCCUUCAACAACUCAACAUCUGCCCCCUUUUCACUAUUCUUGAUUUCACUUCAAUUCUCAACAAUCUUCAAAAGGGUGUUUCCUCAGUGGUUUUUUACUCUUCCCCACAUCACAGAUCUGACAAAAAAUUCAAAUCUUUUUCAAUGUCUCAUCAUCCAUUGAAGGCAGUGACACUUACCCAUGUUAGAUACCGAAAGGGGGAUCAAUUAGGCCAUUUCUUAGCAUGGGUUUCAUUGGUUCCUGUAUUUAUAAGCCUUGGUGGUUUCAUUUCUCACUUUAUUUUUCGUAGAGAGCUUCAAGGUAUGUUCUUUGCAUUUGGGCUUAUCAUUUCUCAGUUUAUCAAUGAAAUUAUCAAGAAAUCAGUUCAGCAAGCCCGACCCGAAACUUGUGCACUUCUUGAAAUGUGUGAUUCUCAUGGAUGGCCUUCUAGUCAUUCCCAAUACAUGUUUUUCUUUGCUGUGUAUUUUACUCUAUUGACUUAUAAGAAAUUGGGGCUAAUAUUUAGAAAUCAGUUGUUGGUUGCGGUUGUUUUGGUUUGGCCAAUGGCGGUUUUGACGAUGUAUUCGAGGGUGUAUUUGGGUUAUCAUACGGUUGCACAGGUGUUUGCUGGUGCUGCUUUGGGAACUGUGCUUGGUUGGGGUUGGUUUUGGAUUGUUAACAAUGUGCUCAGUGGUUUAUUUCCUGCUAUUGAAGAGAGUGCUUUCGGGAGGUUCUUUUAUGUUAAGGACACUUCUCAUAUUCCUAAUGUUCUGAGAUUUGAGUAUGAGAAUGCAAGGUCUGCGAAGAAACACCCGUCCUACAAGCGUGCUGAUUGAUUACUUGCCGUUCACUGAUAUUCCAAUAGAGUGGAACUCGAUGUUGAACCAGCUUGACCAACUCGGAUUUGAUGGUUUGGAGGUUCACGUACUUCUUAGACGUUGUUUAUCGCUACUUACUUUACUUGGACAUCUUUCUAGUUUUGAAGUGCCAUUUAUGUUUUUUAAAAUGUUUGUAAAUGGAUCAAGAAGGAAAGUAUAACAGGUAACUAGUUACUACAAGAUAUAGUGUACUUGCUCCUACACUCUUUGCAAAUUCUUUUGGAGUAAAAAAUAGUCAAAGUUUGAUGAGA